AUGUUCUUCCGCACCACUACUACUCCUGCCGGCGGCGAGACGGCGGACGUGAGCAGGAGCACGAGGACAUGGAGCAGCAGCAGCACUGGCAGGGUGUCGUCGUCGUCGUCCUUGUCGUCGGGCAUGAUCAGCAGCGGCGCCUACGAACAGCAGGAGGGUGACGACAGCAAUGAGGAAGCCGGCCUGGUAGUGGGCGUGGCGGUGGGGAAGGAGGUGAAGGAGUGCAAGGCCAACCUCAUGUGGGUGCUCAGCAACCUCGACGCCGUCAUCACUACCGGCGGCGACAAGAUGAAGGGGAACGCGACGGUGGUGCUGCUGCACGUCCAUCGCCCGGCAAAGACCAUCCCAUUCAUGGGCGCCAGCUUCCCCGCGGAGAAGCUGCACGAGUCGGAGGUGUCGGCGUUCAGGCAGGCGGAGACGCAGGCCAUGACCCGGGCCAUGGCCAAGUACCGUGCCAUCUGCGCCAAGGUGAAGGUGGCCGCCGUGUGCAAGGUGGAGACGGUGUCCGGCGACGGCGACGUGGCGCAGGGGAUACUGCGGCUGGUGGUGCAGAACGGCAUCAGGCGGCUGGUGGUGGGAGCGGCGGCGGACAAGCGGUACAGCAGCAAGAUGAGGGCGCCGAGCUCGAGGACGGCGGUGAGCGUGCAGCAGCAGGCUCACCCGCAGUGCGCCAUCUGGUUCCUCUGCAAAGGCAACCUCGUCUGCACCAGGCCACCAGCUGUUGUUGUUGAUGCUGCUGAGAGCCAUGGCCAGCAAGCAGCAGGUGCCCAGCAUCCAUCAGCAUCAGGUGGGCAUCGUCUCUGCUGGGACGACAACCACCACCACCUCCAGCAGCAGCAGCAGGAGGAGGACAUCCAGAGCAUCUUUGCCGAGGCCCAGGUGCUGAGACGUGAACGGGAGAGGAGGGACGAGCAGGUGGCCGCGCUGGAGGCCCAGCUGGUGAGCUCCAAGCGCGUGAUCCAGGACCUGCAGGAGAAGCUGUCCGAGGCGCACUGCCUUGUGUUCACGCUGGAACGCGAGCAGGAGGAGCUGCGCCGCCAGCGAGACGCCGCCCUCCGAGAAGCCGCCGCGCUCCGCGACAGACUGCUGGAGGAGUUGGUGGAGCUGUCGUACGAGGAGCUGAUGGAAGCGACGCAGAACCUGGACGAGUCGCUCAGGCUGGGCCAGGGCGGCUACGGCACCGUCUACAGGGCCGUCCUCCAGAGCCAGAGCCAUGGGGUGGCGGUGGCCAUCAAGGUGCUCAACAACCAGCACGCCUUGCAGCAGCAGCAGGUGGAGGCGCUGCGCAAGCUGCGGCACCCCAACGUGGUGCCGCUCCUGGGCGCGUGCUCCGCUCCGCAGGCGCCGGCGCUCGUCUACGAGUACCUCCCCGCCGGCAGCCUUGACGACCGCCUCAUCGCUGAUCCUGAUAAGAAGCCGCUGCUGUGGCCGGAGCGCACGCGCAUCGCCGCCGAGGUGCGCUCCGCGCUCGUCUUCCUCCACGACAACGGCGUGGUCCACGGCCACCUCAAGCCGCCCAACGUCCUGCUCACCACCAGCAGCAGCAGCAGCAAGCUCGCCGACUCCGGCCUGUGCCGCCUGCUGGAGCCCGACGUGCUGAUGCACUGCACGCUCUCCGCCAACACGGUGGCGUACGUGGACCCAGAGUUCCUCGCCUCCGGCGAGCUGCGCCCCACCUCCGACGCCUACGCCUUCGGCGUCCUCCUCCUCCGCCUGCUCACCGGCCGCCCGCCCAUGGGGCUCGCAAGGCACGUGCGGGCCGCGCUCACCGAGGGCAGGGUCGCCGACAUCCUCGACGCCUCGGCGGGGGACUGGCCCUACACGCCGGAGCAGGCGGAGCAGCUGGCCCAUCUCGCACUCAGCUGCUGCGAGAUGGCAAGCCACAACCGGCCGGACCUCGCCGGCGAGAUGGUGGCCCACACACUGCAGUCGUUUGCCACCAUAUAA